GCAUCUUCCCCAGCUGCUGCCUGCCUUGCACUUAUCUAAGGAGUGAGGAAUCAUCCUGAACGACCUUCAGCCUCAGCUUCUGCGGUCUUCAUCCUCCCUCUGUCAGCCAGGAGCAAGAAUGGAAGCUGCCAAUAAGGAGUAUUUUUGUCAAAUGGAUAAAAAUUGAUCGUCGGAUCUAUGAAUCUUCGGAGAAUGUAACUACAGAACUUGACAGUUGCAACAAUGGGAGCCAACAAUUCAAGUAAAACCCCCGUGUGUGAUGAAAAUGAAGAAGUCAAUUUUAAUCAUUUUGAAAUUCUGCGAGCAAUAGGAAAAGGCAGCUUUGGAAAGGUCUGCAUUGUUCAGAAAAAUGAUACAAAGAAGAUGUAUGCCAUGAAAUAUAUGAACAAACAGAAAUGUGUGGAACGCAAUGAGGUCCGAAAUGUUUUCAAAGAACUGCAGAUCAUGCAAGGACUGGAGCAUCCGUUUCUAGUGAACCUGUGGUAUUCAUUUCAAGACGAAGAGGACAUGUUUAUGGUUGUGGAUCUCCUACUUGGUGGGGACUUACGAUAUCAUCUGCAGCAAAACGUGCGAUUUACCGAAGCCUCCGUAAAGCUUUACAUCUGCGAACUGGCUUUAGCCCUUGACUACCUUCAGAGCAAAAGUAUCAUUCACAGGGACAUCAAACCAGACAAUGUUUUACUUGAUGAGCAAGGACAUGUCCAUAUCACAGAUUUCAAUAUUGCUACUUUGGUCAGUAAAGGAACAAAAAUAACCACGGUGGCUGGAACAAAACCUUACAUGGCUCCAGAGAUGUUCUGCCCCAGAGGACAGAUUUGCUAUUCUUUUGCUGUAGACUGGUGGUCAUUAGGGGUCACUGCCUAUGAACUUCUUCGUGGCAGAAGACCUUUCCAUAUUCAUUCAAGUACUGCAGCCACAGACAUUGUCCACGUGUUUCAUACAGCCACUGUGACCUAUCCCCCUGCCUGGUCCAAAGAAAUUGUUUCCUUACUACACAAACUGUUAGAUAGAAACACAGAGGAGCGGUUUUCCAGCUUAGAGACUAUCCAAGACUUUCCUUAUUUAUCAGAUGUAAACUGGGAUGCUGUGCUGCAGAAAAAGCUCUCACCUGAAUUUAUCCCAACGAAAGGCCGACUAAACUGUGAUCCAACAUUUGAACUUGAAGAAAUGAUCCUGGAAUCGAAACCUCUCCACAAGAAAAAGAAAAGGCUAGCAAAAAAAGUCAAGGACACUGGGAAGUCUAAUGCAACUCUGAAUGGCAAUCUGCAGAAACACUUGGACUCCGUGGAGAGAGACUUCAUUGUUUUCAAUAGAGAAAAGUCAUAUUCUAAACAGCUUGCAGUGCAUCAAGUGAACCUAUUUUUCUGUCUGUCUGUCUGCCUGUUUAUCUGUACCCUUAUUUUUCCUAAAUAAAAAUAUAUAAUGAUAUA